CCCACAAAGCGCUCGGCUCAGCGCCGAGCUGCCCAGCGCGCCGCUGCCGCCGCGGCCGACUCCGCCAUCCGUCGGUUGCAGGCGCAACUGGCCGCUGCGCUCGCGGACGCUGCUGCUUCCCGAGCGGCGCUGGAGCAGCUGGUCAGGCAGGAGGGGCAAGAGGGCGGCGAGCUGCUAGCGCGGCUCCGGCUGGUGGCGCCGGUGUUGGCCGCCGACAUCGCCCAGGAGGACCCCGCGCCUCUGGCCGUAGCGCGGCGCAACCUCGCCUCGCACGAGUUUGGCAUCCCCGCCUCGAAUUUCGCGGAGGCGCAGGGGGCUGUGCUGAACCGCCUUCAGCGCCAGGGACGUGGUCGCCGUCCUCGCGGUCGUCGUCCCCGUGGCUCUGGUCGCGCUGGAGGUGGAGUGGAGGACGGUCUGCGCGCAGACGCUGCUUGCUUCCACCCGAUCCUCGGCCUCACCGUGGAUCCCGUCGGGCACAGGUGCACGUGUGGAGCAGUGGUUUUCUCCAGCUGCGCCGAGAUUGUGUCAGAUGUCAGGGUGUGCAGCAGCAGCAGCACAGCGUGGCAGGACGUGGAUAUUCCAGACGUCCUUCUCGCUGCUGGUCAUGUGGAUUGCCCCGACCGUGUCUCGAGCGCAGCGUGGUGGGCUGCUCGCGACCGCAUUGCUCGAGUCUGGCUUCGUGAUGUUCCUUCUCGCGAGUUCGCCGCUCUUGAGAAGUCUCGCGAUGUCGCAGGUCCUGUUCCUGAACGCAAGGCUGUUUGGGUUCCUCGAGAUCUUCCUCAUGACCCAGGAGAAGGGCGACUGUUUGGCUGACGGCGUCGCCUUUCUUAUUUUUCAUCAAGAUACUUCCUUUUGAGUCGUCCUUUUAUGGAAUUUCAGGUUCUGGGCUCGCGGCACGGGGCGCCGUUACGACACUCAUUUUUUCUCGCACGGAGCGUGGAUUCCUGGUUCGACCUCUCCCGCCUCCUGUAUGUGGAGCUGCUGGUAUCUGUCGGGUACUGCACGGGGCUCUUCCUGGGUCGCGGCGUCAUUCUAUUCGAAUUGCAUGGGCUGCCGCUGUCCGACGAGAUUUGACGGUCAUUCGGUCUGCGUGUCCAAAGCUUGUAUUUCAUUGAAGUUCUCGACUCCUUCGAAGUAUCUUUCCUGAUGGUGGGAGUUGUCGUAUUCUUGGUUGGCUACUCCGUCGUCCUGGUGUUCGGCAAGUCCCUCAUCACCUUCCUCAUUCACGUGGGGUCCAUGGCUGUGGAUGUCAAAAAAUCCUUCUCCUAUCCUCCUCCUCCUCCUCCUCCU